AUGGCUAGAACCUCUCAAGACUCCUCCAAGAGACACUUCCACUGGACCAAAAAGGUUGGAAACGAAGACGAUGAAGUUCCAAUUUUUAAGUCCUCUUCAAAGACUAACGAAGAAGAAAAGAGGGAAAAUGUUAAGAGCCAUGUUGCAACGCCAACCCCAAAGAAAAAACUACCAGCAAUAGCAGUUGCUAGACUCCGAUCCGUUGUUGCAGCUCUUGGUAAGAACCGAUCCAACCUUCCACUGGGGCUUGGAUCCCGAGUUGUUGGCACACUUUUUGGAUAUCGCCGGGGUCAUGUCCAUCUUGCAUUUCAAAGGGAUCCCAAUUCAUCUCCGGCUUUCCUUAUCGAACUUGCUACACCAAUAAGUGGAUUGGUUAGAGAGAUGGCAUCUGGGUUAGUCAGAAUUGCAUUGGAAUGUGACAGAGAGAAAGGAGAGGAAAAGAAAGCUGUGAGAUUGCUGGAGGAGCCAAUGUGGAGGACUUAUUGCAAUGGCAAGAAAUGUGGUUUCGCUACAAGGAAGGAAUGUGGGCCUAAAGAGUGGAAGGUAUUGAAAGCUGUAGAGCCAAUUUCAAUGGGUGCGGGUGUUUUGCCAGGUUGUUCAGCUGAUGGCGAACUCAUGUAUAUGAGAGCCAAGUUUGAGAGAAUUGUGGGGUCUAGAGAUUCCGAGGCUUUCUACAUGAUGAAUCCUGAUAGCAACGGAGCUCCUGAGCUCAGUGUCUAUUUGCUUAGAGUCUAA